CACCCCACCGAGCUCCCUCGCCCCUUCCCCCACAGGUGACAUAGCCAGAUAAUGACUGCGGUUAGGGACACUGAGGCCCGGGGGAGAGGUUUCCAAGGCCUGUCCCAAGUCAGGAAGCAGCUGGAGUUGGAAGAAAGAAGAAAUAGUGUCUGUUUGUUAGAAGGCUUGCCUCCCAGCUACCCGACAACAAUCUUGUUGACAUAACCCUGUUGAUCAAAGCAAUCCCCUAACCGCCCCAAGCCAGUCCCCCAGCUCCCAGUGGAAUUCACUCGGCGGAUCCCACCCUAAUCCGGAUCCGGUAAAUAUAAAAGGUCUGUCUUUGGAUGGGGAGCUACAUCCUGGAAGAGCCUGCUGGGAACUGUUCUUGCCAGAGCUGGGACAGGCGCCCUGGCUGCAGCAAUGGCCGCCUCAGAAGAACCCAAGGACCAGAGAGCCAGCCCUAACGUCAUGGGCCUUGAGACAGACCUGGAGACCAGCUCAGGGGGGAAGCCAGCCCGCCAUCAGAAGGCCAUCCCCACUGCUCACCUAACUUUCGUCUUUGAUUGUGCACGUGGGAAACAGCUCUGCCUGGCUGCACCCUCAGCACCACCCCGAGCCCCUAGGCCCAACCCAGGACCUGUCACCCCUCCAAUGAAGACCUACAUCUUGUUCUGCGGGGGAAACCAGCCCCAGCAAACUCAUGAGGUCCCCCUGGGUGGGGGGUGCCUUGCCCAGGCCGAGGGUACCUUGCCACCCUCUGGAGGGACUGUGGCCCCAGCUUCCUCCCCGGGCAGCCCACUCGGGUGCCAGGAGGCUCCUGAAGCCAAGGGGAGCCCCUUGAAGACUGUGCCCUCGAGGUCUUCAGCUUGGGGAACAGUCAUAGGCUCGCUCAAAGCCCUCUCCUCCUGCGUCUGUGGACAGGCGGAUUAACUGGAAAGGCCUGGCCACGGGAGGAAGGGGCUGGCAAGCCAGGCUCGGUGCCCAGGGGCUGCAAUUCCCAGAGCCCACUCCCUUUUCCCAGCCAAGCAGAAGCCUUUUGUGCCUGAGCCAAAGAAAGAGCAGUAGAUCAACUAAAGGACAUCUGAAACAGCCACCAAGUACACACUCAAGGGUAUCCUUCCUCCUUCCUCCUUCCUCCCUAUCUUUGUCAGCCUUUCAGCAGAAGCAAGAUAAGCCGCCUCCACAUGGAAAGAGACUAAUGCAUUCAUACAGCAAAUCCUAACGGAGCAUCUUCUACAUACCAGGCCCUGCAAAGUGCUAAGGAAGAUACCACAGCUUGCUUGGUGCUUAUAUUCUUGGGGCGGGGGCGGGGCGAGGAGAAAGGUUAACCUAAUAAAGAUAAUUUUGAGCAGGGAAA